GCGCUGCCGGGAGCGGCGGCAGCGGAGGCCGGGCGCUCGGUCGGCGGGAUGCGGCUGUCGGUGGCGGCCGCCAUCUCGCAUGGCCGCGUCUACCGGCGCCUCGGGCUCAGCCCGCGGUCGCGCCUGGACCUGCUGCGGAACCUGGUGACAGCGCUGGUGCGCCAUGAGCGCAUCGAGACGCCCUGGGCGCGGGCCGACGAGAUGCGCGGCUACGCCGAGCGGCUCAUCGACUACGCCAAACGGGGGGACAAGGACGAGCGCGCCAUGCGCAUGGCGGAUUUCUGGCUGACCGAGAAGGACCUCAUCCACAAGCUGUUCAAGGUGCUGGCGCCCCGCUUCCAGCCGCACGCCGGCAGCUACACGCGGCUGCUGCAGAUCCCCAACCGGGACGGGCUGGACCGCGCUAAGAUGGCGGUGAUCGAGCUGAAGGGGAACCCGCUGCCGCCGCUCGUCCGCCCGCGCCGCGACUCCGACAGGACCCUGCUGAACCAGCUGCUCAAGGGCUACCGGCAGGACGCGCAGCGGGCCCGCGGCACCCCCGUCUAGGGCCCCCCCGUGCCCCAGGGAAGGGAUGGUGUGUGAGGCGGGCAGGCGGGCUGGAGGGCGAGGGAAGUUGCCAUGGAGAGGGCUGCUGAGGGUCACCACUUGCUCCCAGUGGCUUGAAGAUGACACUCAGCAGGAGAAGGAAAUCAAGCUAGGAGCCGUGAUGAUUGGUAUUUUCUGUGUAAAUAAACUUUGUUCAGAAAGUCGG